AAAGGUCGGUCCCUGUCACGCGCGACUCGGCCGAAGAGAGAGAGAUAGAGAGAAGAGCGCGAGUGUCCGAAAGAGAGCGAGAGUCUGCAAAACAAGAAACCCUAAUAAUAAAGAGUCCACCACCAAAAUUGGGGGAAAUAAAAGGCCAAUCUUGAGUCCACUCGCCGAACUCCCUCGCGUGGAUUUGCAGCGGCAGCAACCGAUCCAGAAACAAAGAUAAGAUACAUAGAUAUAGAAGACAGGUACUGGAGGCAAAUAAUUUAGUGAUAGUAAAUAGGUUCUUGCCAUGGAUAUAGAUCUUAGAUUACCUUCUGGAGAACAUGAUAAGGAAGAUGAACCAAAUGGAAUUGUCAAUAUGUUGGAUGGUAAAGACAAGCUGCAAAAUGGAGAAGAGGGGAAUGGGGAUAUGGUGGAUGUUGGAGAUGAGCUAAACACUGGAGAUGGAGGGAACAUGAAUUCUCUGCCGGCAGAUAUGUUGGUGUUCAAACAAGAUACAAAUCUUGAGCCACUUGCUGGCAUGGAAUUUGAAUCACAUGGGGGAGCAUAUUCCUUUUAUCAAGAAUAUGCUAGGUCUAUGGGAUUCAAUACUGCAAUACAAAAUAGCCGUCGCUCAAAGACAUCUAGAGAAUUCAUAGAUGCAAAAUUUGCGUGUUCUAGAUAUGGCACCAAACGUGAGUAUGAAAAAUCCAAUCGACAACGUGUGAGACAAGGGAAUAAGCAAGAAACAGAGAAUUCUACUGGUCGACGAUCAUGUGCAAAGACAGAUUGCAAAGCAUGCAUGCAUGUGAAGAGAAGAGGAGAUGGUAAGUGGAUUAUACAUAGAUUUGAGAAGGAGCAUAAUCACGAGCUUUUACCAGCUCAAGCUGUCAGUGAACAAACAAGAAAGAUGUAUGCUGCUAUGGCAAGACAAUUUGCUGAGUACAAGAGUGUGGUUGGCCUCAAGAAUGACUCCAAAAAUCCAUUUGAUAAAGGUCGGAAUCUGGCUUUAGAGGCAGGAGAAACAAAGAGUUUGCUUGAAUUUUUCACGCAGAUGCAAAUUGCAAAUUCCAACUUCUUUUAUGCAAUAGAUACAGGUGAAGAUCAACGGCUGAAAAAUCUGUUGUGGGUUGAUGCCAAAAGUAGGUAUGAUUACAUCAAUUUCAGUGACGUCGUGUCUUUUGAUACUACCUACAUUAGAAACAAGUAUAAGAUGCCUCUUGCUCUUUUUAUUGGGGUGAAUCAACACUAUCAGUUCAUGCUGCUUGGAUGUGCUUUGGUGGGUGAUGAAAGUGCAGCUACAUUUUCUUGGGUAAUGCAGACAUGGUUGAAAGCAAUGGGCGGACAAGCUCCAAAAGUUAUAAUCACCGACCAAGACAGAGCCAUGAAAUCAGCUAUUUCAGAGGUCUUUCCAUCUACUUGUCAUUGCUUUUGUUUGUGGCAUAUACUGGGAAAGGUUUCUGAAACUUUCAGUCAUUUACUUAAACAACAUGAAAAUUUCAUAGCAAAGUUAGAAAAAUGCAUUUACAGGUCAUGGACCCAUGAGGAGUUUGAAAAGAGGUGGCACAAAUUGGUUGGAAGGUUUGAACUCAAAGAGAAUGAAUGGAUCCAAUCAUUGCAUGAAGAUUGCUCACACUGGUCACCGACCCACAUGAGGGAUAUCUUUUUAGCUGGAAUGUGUACUGCUCAGCGAUCCGAGAGUGUGAACUGUUUCUUUGACAAAUACAUGCAUAAGAAGACCACUGUGCAAGAGUUUUUGAAACAGUAUGAAGCAAUUCUACAAGACAGGUAUGAAGAGGAAGCAAAGGCUGAUUCAGAUACAUGGAACAGGCAACCUGCAUUGAAGUCUCCGUCUCCUUUUGAGAAGCAUGUGUCAGGGUUAUAUACACAUGCAGUUUUUAAGAAGUUCCAAACAGAGGUUCUGGGUGCAGUUGCUUGUCAUCCUAAAAGAGAGAGACAAGACGAGACAACCAUUACUUUUAGAGUUCAGGAUUUUGAAAAGAAUCAGGACUUCAUUGUCACUUGGAAUGAAAGAAAGUCCGAAGUAUCUUGUAUAUGCCGUUUGUUUGAAUUCAAAGGUUUCCUUUGUAGACAUGCUAUGAUUGUUCUUCAAAUCUGUGGCCUUUCCACUAUCCCACCCCAGUAUAUUUUGAAGCGGUGGACAAAAGAUGCCAAGAGUAGGAGUUUAAUGGGAGAAGCAUCUGAACAUGUACAAUCUAGGGUGCAAAGAUACAAUGAUUUAUGUCAGCGAGCAAUGAAAUUGGGUGAAGAAGGAUCAUUAUCUCAAGAGAGCUACAAUUUUGCACUCCAUGCGCUAGAAGAUGCUUUUGGGAAUUGUGUGACUGUUAAUAACUCUAAUAAGAAUCUUGUAGAUGCUGGCACUUCAGCCACCCCUGGGCUUCUCUGCAUUGAAGAAGAGAACCAAAGUAGAAGUAUGAGCAAGACAAAUAAAAAGAAGAAUCCAACCAAGAAAAGAAAGGUGAACUUGGAACAGGAAGUUAUGACUGUUGGGCACCAAGACAGCCUGCAACAGAUGGACAAAUUGAGCUCACGUCCUGUUAACCUUGAUGGCUAUUUUGGUCCACAACAGAGUAUGCAAGGAAUGGUACAAUUGAAUCUAAUGGCACCUACCCGUGAUAAUUACUAUGGAAAUCAACAGACCAUUCAGGGACUGGGACAAUUGAACUCUAUAGCACCAAGUCACGAUGGCUAUUAUAACACUCAACCUAGUAUGCAUGGGCUGGGUCCUAUGGAUUUUUUUAGAACUCCAGCAGCUUUCACGUAUAGCAUUCGGGAAGAACCCACUCUGAGAUCCUCACAGUUGCAUGAUGAUGCGUCAAGACAUGCAUGAGGCACAUCUUCUCACAAUCUUAAGAUGAAGACGGACAAUGUUCAAGUUGAAAAAUUUCAGAGAAUUUAUUAAUCUUCGACCUUGGUGGAUCCUUUUGAAGAGCAGACAAAUUUGAGUUAUGAUAUACUCCUGUAAAAUUUGUUGUAAUUAUUGUAUUUGUGAUAGGUUCAGCCCUAAUUAGGAUCAGUUGAAAUCAGGAAUUCUUUCUAGAUCAUGCCUCUUCUGAACAAAUAAUGAUAUGAGAGAGUAAGUAUGUAAGAAUUACUGUCAUGCACAUAUUUGUUGCUCCAAACAAAACUGUUUUGUUAUGGCUUGUGCUGGUUGUGGGGAUGGGUGGUAUUUGACUUUUGAAUGGGUUCAUUUCAAAUUCCGGUCAAGUCAAAAUGGAUUAGUAAUUGGAAGAUAAAUGUUUAAGAAUGGGAAGUCAGAGAAAUGUUGUUGUCUUAAUAUUAUUUGGACUUGCAUUUA